AUGCAUGUGCAUUCCGAGAAGGAAAGCACUGUUGCUUCGACUUUGCCGACAUCCUCAGCGGGUAGUGGGGAACAUUCAAUCAUAUCAGCCGGACCCGAAUCCGAAUUCAAGCAUGACCCUCAUUCUCGAUCGGAAAAGUCCAGCUUUCAUGAUGGACCAAGAGAUGACGACCCGGAGGAAUCACUUCCUCGUCUCCAACGCCACUCAACGAAGCUUGGUCCAGCUAUCAAAGUCGCGCGUUGGAAGCGUCGCGGAUUGUUCGGCCAACUUGCCCUGGUGGCUGAGGUUGAAAACCCAAAGACAUAUACCCGCAGGAUGAAAUGGUUUAUCACAUUCAUUGUCGCUUUGGCUGGAUCUACUGCGCCGCUGGGCAGCGCGAUUUUCUUUCCAUCACUAUCACAAGUAACCCAUGAAUUGAAGACGACAACUACAAUCGCAAACCUUACAAUCGCGCUUUAUAUGCUGGCCAUGGCUAUAUUUCCUCUCUGGUGGUCCUCUUUCAGUGAGCGACUCGGGCGACGGACAAUCUACUUGGUUUCCUUCACUUUAUUCGCGGUGUUCAACUGUCUCUGUGCCAUAUCUGGCUCUAUUGCGAUGCUAAUUGUCAUGCGUAUGCUAAGUGGUGGUGCUUCUGCGUCCGUUCAGGCAGUCGGUGCUGGUACCAUCGCUGAUCUAUGGGAGCCACGGGAGAGAGGGCGAGCCAUGGGAAUUUUCUACCUGGGCCCGCUAUGUGGUCCUUUGCUGGCACCUAUCAUCGGUGGUCUCUUGGCCCAGCGCUGGGGCUGGCGCAGUACCAUGUGGUUCAGUGCAGUCUUCGGUGCGGUGACUCUCAUUUUCAUCCUCUUCGCGCUUCCAGAAACCUUGGUGAUACAGAAGCCCGUUUUGCCUGCAUUGGACGACAACGAAGACCCAAGUAUUAGUCGUCCGCUCAGUCGGGUGUCGUCACGACAAGUAGUUAGGUCUACUACUCGCUGGCUAAAGAUGCUGAAGAUGGUCUUCAUUGACCCACUCAAAAUCAUUCUCUACUUACGGUUCCUUCCUGUGCUCCUGACUGUCUACUAUGCUAGUAUCACAUUCGGCUCUCUUUAUGUUCUCAAUGUUAGCAUCGAAGAAACAUUCGGCAAGGAGCCGUAUAAUUUCCCUACCAUCAUCGUUGGCUUACUUUACAUCCCGAACUCACUGGGAUACAUGGUCACUAGUACCUUCGGUGGAAAAUGGACCGAUAAAAUCAUGCAACGCGAGGCGAAGAAGGCAAACCGAUACGAUGAAAAGGGUAGACUAAUUUUUCGCCCAGAGGAUCGCAUGCGUGAAAAUGCCUGGCUUGGUGCGUUUUUAUACCCUGCGGCAUUUCUCUGGUAUGGAUGGGCGGCGGAAAAAGGUGUUUUCUGGCUGGUUCCGAUGAUCGCCAACUUUUUCUUCGGCGUGGGCUCCAUGCUCAUCUUCAGUAUGGUCACAACUAUGCUCACAGAGUUCAUGCCAAAGAAAUCUUCCGAGGGUGUUGCCCUCAACAAUUUCGUGCGAAAUAUCUUCUCGUGCGUGGGAUCUCUUGUCACUGCCCCAAUUAUCAGUGCCAUAGGUAACGGUUGGCUCUUUACCAUUCUUGGUAUUGUUGGCUUUGCAAGCAGCUCUGUUAUCUACCUAAUGCGAAUCUACGGUCCUCGCUGGCGAAAGACUAUGGAUGAACACAUACGCUGA